AAUUGCGUGGAGCCAAAAGAGUAGAAAAGACAAUGGAGGAGAGAGAGAAAGAGAAGGGGAAAGUGAGCGAGAGAUGGACGGCAGCCAUCGCCAAUUUGACGGAAAUGUCGUCGAAUCUCGACUCUUUACAGAAGCUGCUGAUUAAGAAAUCCGUUUACGUUGACGAUGAAACCUUCGCCAAAGCAUCCCUUAGCUCCGAACAAGCUCGCACCAUCAAGGUUCUUGAGCAAAGGGUUGAGACUUUAGAACGAGAACUUGAUGCUGCCAUAUCGGGUGCUGCCCAUGCUCGGACUGAAAAACGUCAGGCUGAGGCACUACAGAAAGCCGCUGAACUGCAAGCCCAGGAAAUUUUAAAAGAACUUGAAAACACAUCGAAAGUAUUUGAUCUCCACAUGGAAGAGCUGCGUGCAAAGCAAGAGGAGAUUUCUAAGCGGGACAAAGAGAUAAAGCUUCUUGAAGCUAUAAUACAAACACUUGGUGGCAGAGAAUCACUCCCUGCAUAAGCCUAAAUUCCUCUCCUGGAAGUCUGUUUUGUAUAGAUAAUGGGGCAAUCUGUGCAGAAAUUAUGCAUUCUUGAUGUCACAAUUCUCAGUUGAGCCUACUUGAGCUCGACCUCUGAAUUAAAUAUGUACAUUUCAAAUUAUAUUAGUGUGACGAGUCCUUUUCCCAUUUA